AGAUGGAGAUCAUCAAAACCACUCAAGGAGGAAUGAAGGUGGCUUUCGAGGGCUUCAGUAUACGAAGCAGAAGGAUAUGGCUAAAAAGAUUCGGUGGCGAUGUGUGCAGAGGUUGCUGGGCUGCAAGGGCAGCAUCAUCACAAGUGAAGCAAGUGAAGAUCCAACGAUGACUGCAAAGCAUAAUCAUGCACCUGACAUGGAAGCUAUCGAGAUUGCAAAAUGCCGCAACGCCAUGAUGGAGAGAGCAGCGAAAUCUCAUGACAAGCCCAACAUUAUAUUUGCUGAGGCCGUUCGUCAGCUUCCUGAUGGGGCUAAGGCGGUCAUUCCUACGGAGGCCACCAUCAAGAGAUCAAUCAGGUGUAAUCGGAGGUGGCCGUUCGUCAGCUUCCUGAUGGGGCUAAGGUGGUCAUUCCUACGGAGGCCACCAUCAAGAGAUCAAUCAGGCAUAAUCGGAGGCUGCACUACCCUCCAGAUCCGCAAGCUUUGGAAGACCUGGCCAUCGAUGGCAUCUGGGCAACCACAGUGUCUGCAGCUGCUGACUGAGGCAUCCACUUGGUAUAUGGAUGGGAACUUCGCGAUGGCCGUGGAAAACUUCCUGCAGCUCUAUGUGAUUCAUGUUCCCCUUGGAGAGACUGCAGUAGCGGCUGUCUAUGCCUUCCUUCAAGGGAACGGCCCUUAUCGUAGAGUGAACACGUCUCAAGGAAACCUGCGAUUGCAGCGAUGUGCUCCAAGGUUUCCCUCGAGUGUCUGGAAUCUCCACGAGGCAACAUUUACUGGCAGCGACUGGACAAACAACCAAGCAGAGGGAUGGAACCACAAGUUCUCUCGUAUGGUUGGACAUCAGCAUCCCAGCAUUUGGAAGGCAAUUGAUGUCCUGCAAUCUGAACAAGGAUCAAUAUCAACAGCUAUACUGCAGACUUCUGUGGGACUUCCUCCAAAGAAGAGAGUUCGGAGGGCGUAUCACACGACGGAAAAGCAGUUGCAGACCCAAUGCUCCAAAUAUGCGAACAGAACAAUUACUUUGGAAUCUUUCCUUCGUGGAACUGGACAGGUCAUUAGAUUCCACAAUAUACGCAUGGAUAUACCCGACGGUGAAGGUCCGAUCAUCCGCACUGCUGAUCAUACAUCUCAGUCCAGUCAUCGUCUAGCUCGGCUGAAAGUUACACGCAACGGAAACAAUGGAAGACUGCAGUUCAACCUCAACUGGAAUACGACAAAGCUGAAAUCAACCAUCGAUUUGGAGUUCAUUUUACCAAAUGUAGGUAAGGGGAGGCCUCCAGGAGCAGGUCAGGAAGAAACUAGAGAAAUCGGUUUUCACGCUCCCGAUGCAUCGGAAGCGAAGGAUGAUUCCCUUAAAACCCAAGCCAAGAAAUGCGGGAAAGGUAAGAAGAAGAGAAUGGACCAACCCGGCGUAGAGUCAAGACGAAAGCAUCAAGACAAGAUGGAGUCAUUUGGACGGAAUGAGCCAGGCCGAAGAGAAACAAAUGCAGCAUUAACCCAAGAAAAUAUCGAGGUAGUAGAUGGGAGAGAGGAGGGCCUGGAGGAGGACCUCAGAAGACUGAAGAAUUUCCUUGAAAAACACGGCAAAGGAAAGCACAUCCUCAUCGAUGAAGUCCCUAUCACACUAGGAUUCGGAAGCAUUAUUACCCCUGAAGCCCUCUCUCACCAUUGGCAAUGGAUCAAAGACGUGGAAGCCAGGUCAAUCUGUAUCAGCUUCAGGCCUAAUGACCAGUCCUAUACGAGGGAUUUCUCCAUUGACGAGGUUAAACCAGCUGGAUUGAACAUUACUGUCCUCAAAGCGUUUGGAGGAUUG